AAACCCACAUUUGUUUUUCAACCCCUCUUUUCUCUCUCUCCACGUCCACUAUUUAUUUGUUUGUUUUCACAGGAGAAAAAGUUAUUUAUGCUUACUCGCCACACACAUCCUCAUUCACGCAAAAAAGCCCAGUCUCCAGAGUUCGUUCCCUUGGACACUUCUAAACUCUCUCUCAUCUGAAUAUUCCAUGUUUUUGCGCAUUCUUACAUUUCUGUGCUAAUACUUCAUGUAACUGCUCCUAAUCCUCUCUUCUUCUUUGUGGGUUGUCAAUUCGUUUCUUUCUCAAAAGUGUCUUUACCUAUAAUGUAAUCUGUUGCUUCAUUUUCUCUAUUUGAUUAAUGCCCACAUGCUCUAAAUUGUUCUGAAUCUUUUCUUCGGAUUUAGAUAAUGGGUUAUCGUUAAUUUUGCUGUUUCCAAUCUGUAGACUUUGUAUUCUGGUGAUGCCCAUUUGCUUGAAAUUGUUCUAAAUUUUCCCAAUUUCAGUCUGCAACAAUGGGUUUUCGUUAAAUUUUCAGUUCUUGAUAUCUGAAAUUUUCUGAGUCAAAACUUGAAUUUUUUCAAAAUUUAGAAUGUAAGUACGGACUAUGUAACUGAUCUUUGCACUUCUGUUCAGUUCUGUUUUUUGUUGAGGUGUGUUUGGUGGGGAUUAGUUCAUGAUUAGGAGGCCUUUUCUAUGUGUAAGUAAAGAAGUAAGGUAAUGGAUCUGCGCUUUGUUGAAGUCAACCGCUAAUUGAGAUCUGAGAAGAUGGGUAGUGUCUGUUUUUUUCGUUAGUAUUGACCAUCCCAAUUAACAAUGAAUUCCAUUCGUUAGUACUGUGAUUUUCACUUAGCCAUGGAAUUCAAGUAAUUGAAAAUUUUCUUGAAUUGGAUUGGGAACUCCAUCCUUUUUUUGAUUGACAUUGAUAACUAAUUUAUUCUUUUGUUCUUGUAGCAAUAUGUAAAAAAUCAUUCUUUACAAAUUCUUUCAAAUGUAAAUUUCUCAAACUGUAUACAUUUUUGUACAUGGACCUCAUAAGGGGUUAGUUAUGCAUCAAAAAAUAAUGAAUCAACACGCUUCUCUGCCGUUUCUUCUAUGUUGUUGAUGAUCAAGUAGCGUUUGUCUUUCUGCCCAUAUUUUCUCACACUUUGCUUAUGCAAAUUUAGUUAUCGUAAUACUGGCCUCUCGAGUUACUUCAAGUCUACAUUUUGAAUUUAGUUUCGUUCAUAUUUCAUCGUGUCCGAGUCUGUUUUUUGUCAAAGAAAACAAAAAAAAGUCCAAGUUAUCAUUUUGGGUUGAGUUAUCAUGGAAGAAACUUUUGUUCCCUUGCGUGGAAUCAAGAAUGAUAUCAAAGGGAGACUGCUAUGCUACAAGCAAGAUUGGACUGGUGGACUCCGUGCCGGUAUCAGGAUCCUGGCUCCAACAACGUAUAUUUUCUUUGCUUCAGCAAUCCCAGUUAUUUCUUUUGGGGAGCAACUGGAAAGAAAUACAGAUGGAACUAUAACUGCUGUGCAAACUCUUGCAUCAACUGCCCUUUGUGGCAUAAUCCACUCAAUUGUUGGAGGACAACCGCUGCUUAUACUUGGAGUUGCAGAGCCAACAGUGUUGAUGUACACUUUUAUGUUCAGCUUUGCAAAGGACAGAAAGGAUUUAGGGCAGAAGCUCUUCUUAGCCUGGACGGGAUGGGUUUGUGUGUGGACAGCUCUUUUGUUGUUCUUGCUAGCCAUUUUGGGUGCAUGCUCUAUCAUCAAUAGGUUUACACGUCUGGCUGGUGAACUAUUUGGUCUUCUGAUUGCCAUGCUUUUUAUGCAGCAGGCUAUUCGGGGACUUGUGGAGGAGUUUGGCAUACCGCAGCGAGAAAAUCCUAAUCAGACUGCACUUCUACCUUCUUGGCGUUUUGGAAAUGGAAUGUUUGCACUGGUUCUAUCAUUUGGCCUUCUUCUUACUGGAUUGAGAAGUCGUAAAGCUAGAUCAUGGCGUUAUGGGACAGGUUGGCUACGGGGAUUUAUUGCGGAUUAUGGUGUCCCACUUAUGGUGCUUGUGUGGACAGCUGUAUCGUACAUACCUUAUAAUGAUGUCCCAAGAGGGAUACCAAGGCGGCUUUUCAGCCCAAACCCAUGGUCUCCUGGUGCAUACUCAAAUUGGACUGUUAUCAAGGAAAUGUUGAAUGUUCCUCCUUUAUAUAUAGUUGGUGCAUUUAUUCCAGCCACUAUGAUUGCUGUGCUUUACUACUUUGACCACAGCGUUGCAUCUCAACUUGCCCAACAAAAGGAGUUCAAUCUGAAGAAACCUGCUUCAUAUCAUUACGACCUUCUUCUUUUGGGCUUCUUGGUAAUAAUAUGUGGUCUUAUCGGCAUUCCUCCUUCCAAUGGUGUUAUUCCACAAUCUCCAAUGCAUACAAAAAGUUUAGCCACCUUGAAACAUCAGCUUCUACGGAAUAAGCUUGUAUCAACAGCUCGAAAAAGUUUCCGUAAAAAUUCAAAUUUGGGUCAAAUGUACCAGAACAUGCAAGAAGCAUACAAUGAAAUGCAGACACCACUUGUUUAUCAAAACCCACCUGCUCUGGGACUGAAAGAACUGAAAGAGUCCACAAUCGAACUCGCUUCAAGUGCUGGCUACGUUGACGCCCCAGUUGAUGAGACUGUUUUUGAUGUGGACAAGGAUAUUGAUGAUCUUUUACCUGUUGAAGUCAAAGAACAACGCCUCAGCAAUCUGCUUCAGGCAUUGAUGGUUGGUGGUUGUGUUGCUGCAAUGCCUCUUCUAAAGAAGAUCCCAACUUCUGUUCUUUGGGGUUAUUUUGCUUUCAUGGCCAUUGAAAGCUUACCUGGAAAUCAAUUUUGGGAGAGGAUAUUGUUACUUUUCACUGCUCCAAGUAGAAGAUACAAGGUGUUCGAGGAUUGUCAUGCAACCUUUGUCGAUACUGUCCCUUUCAAAACAAUUGCCUUGUUCACUUUGUUUCAGACAGCUUACUUGCUUGCCUGUUUUGGCAUAACAUGGAUCCCAAUGGCUGGUGUCCUCUUCCCAUUGUUGAUCAUGCUUCUGGUCCCUGUGCGGCAAUAUUUGCUCCCCAAGUUUUUCAAAGGAGCUCAUCUUCAAGACUUGGAUGCUGCAGAAUACGAAGAAGCGCCUGCUGUAACUUACAACAUGUCCUUUGAAGGUCAAGAUCCUGCAGCAAGAACUGCCAACAUGGAUAGUGGUGAACUUCUUGAUGGAAUCAUCACAAGAAGUCGUGGCGAGAUCCGCCGUACACAGAGUCCAAAAGUAACAAGUUCAACCCCAGGUUCGGCAGAGCAUUUGAAGCCUGCUUAUAGCCCACGGUUGUCACGGAAGGAAUCCAGCCCCCGUAUAAAUGAGCUUAGGAUGGAAAGGAGCCCUGGAAUUGCUGGAAAAGGGCUUGACAUUAAGCAAACUCCCAGUCCUCGGCCAUCCAUCCUCGGUCAAAGCAGUCACGGUCCACCUUCAAGCUAAAAUCCUCAACCCUGUUAUUUCAGUGUGUUAAGUUGUCAUGGUGCUCGAGAGGUCAUGCAAAAUUUGUGUACUAAGUAUUGUCCUGUAAGUGUUGUUUUUCUUUACGUUUGUGUAACUAAUGUAUUAACAAUGUAGGCUGUUUGUCUGUGUUACUCUUGGUUUUAUCACCCAAAAUAUGAUCGGCAGAGGACACAUUUAUGAUAAUGUAAGAUUUUGUUAUUCUUUGCU